UACGAAUGAAGAUUUGAUUUGUUAAUGUCAAAUUUGAUUGAUAAUUAAAUCAGAGUGUCAGAGUUUGCUUUGCUUUAGUGCAUAGUGUUAUUAUUUUACAAGUGUUCAAAAAAGCUAGCUAAACAUGCUGGAUAAAAUAUUAUACAAUACAGUUCUGUGUCAGACGUUCUCCCCUUGUGGAAAAUAUUUGGUAGCCGGUAAUAUUUAUGGACAAAUGGCAAUAUUUGAUCUCGAUCGUAUAUUGAAUCCAGUCGUUGAAUUGCUCACAUCAGACUACAAUAAAGCAAAGUAUAUUCAUUCCUUAGGUAGUAAAGAUCAGGUUUGCAGUUUAGCUAGUACUGAAAAGUUUCUGAUUGUUGGCACUGUUAACGAAAUCUCUGGAUGGGAUUGGAAAGGAGUAUUAAGUGCGAAAUUGAGCAAACCUUCAUGGGUUAUGAAGACACCAUCAAAUUCUCGUUUAGAAAAAAAUGAUGUGAAUAGUCUAUGGCUUCCUGAAGAUGAGAGCAAGCUAUAUGCUGGCUGUGGUGACAAUAACUUAUAUAUUUUUAACUUGGAAGAUGGUAAACUAGUGUCUACUUUGGAAGGACACACUGACUACAUACAUUCAGUCCACGGAAACAAUGAUCAAAUAGUAACAGCGGGUGAAGACGGCUGCGUAUUGCUUUGGGACCCGAGGACCCGCCGGAGUCACAACAAGUUGGAGCCCCACAGCAAUAACAAAGUCAGUCGACCAGACGUUGGCAAAUGGAUAGGAUCUGUUGCACUUGGUGAUGACUGGAUUGUGUGUGGAGGUGGCCCAAGACUUGCUCUAUGGCACGUCAGAUCCCUGGAUGCUGUGUCAGUAUUCGACAUUCCCGACCAUGGCAUCCAUGUUUCUUACUUCCACAACGACUGCAUUAUUGCAGGAGGAGCAGCAAAACAUGUAUACCAACUCAGUUACUCUGGAGAAGUGAAGGUGGAACUACCAGUCUCGGCCACAACAGUAUACUCUGUAGCAUUACGUACAAACCCGAACAAAAUAUUGGCUAUUGCUGGAUCCAGUCCAGAAAUUGACCUGUGUACUACAUUCAAUUACAGAGACCUAGUGUUACAUUUUCGGUAAGCUUUCAGAACAUAUUCUUAGGGUAAUGAUAAGUUUUUGAAAUAAAAUGAUUGAACAAACAUAAAAA